AUGGGCUCAGCGGAAAUGCCCACCAUUCAAUCCAUCUACAGCAAAGGCAUUCACCAUGGCCUACCAGAUCUCUCAUACGCACCGAAGGGCAUGACAGCUAUAGUCACCGGCGCCAAUGGCAUCUCUGGCUCACACAUGAUUAAGAUUUUGGCCGAGAGUCCCGAACGAUGGAGCAAGAUAUAUGCUAUGUCUCGACGGCCACCGUCCGGUAGCUGGCCGAAGGACGUCGAACACAUCCCGGUUGAUUUCUUGCAGAGUCCGGAUGAGAUUGCUAACAUACUUAAGGAGAGGAAUAUCAAACCUGAUUACGUUUUCUUCUUUUCUUAUGUCCUUGUUGUCGAUGAGAGUGGUGCGCUCCAGUGGAGUGAUGAUAGAUUGAUCGAGAAAAACAAUUCGUUGCUCUCCAACCUGCUCGAAGCGCUCCCACUAGCCAAUGCACUUCCAAAGCGACUCUUCCUCCAGCUCGGACAGAAGUGGCACGGCGUCCAUCUCGGCGCCACCGACAUACCUGACGAAGAAAGCGACAAACGCAUCGAUGAGCCGAAUCUCUACUACACCCAACACGACAUCCUCACCAGCUUCUGCUCCAAACACAACAUCGGCUGGAACACCUCCUUCCCCUCCUUCGUCAUCGGCUGCACCCCCGACUCAACCCAAACGCUCGCCUACCCGCUCUUCAUCUACGCCUGCGUGCAGAAGUACCUUGGCCGGCCUUUGGAGUACCCGAGCGACAUCACCGCCUGGUACGCUCCACAAUCCCUCUCAAACGCCGUUCUGAACAGCUAUCUAUACGAAUGGUCCGUCCUCGCUCCGAACACCGCGAACCAAGACUUCAACGCUUCGGAUGCCUGCGCUUUCACGUGGGGCAAGAUGUGGCCCCGGCUGGCCGAGUAUUUCGGGAUGGACUACACCGGUCCUGUCGACGCUUCCACGACUCAGAUGCAGGAGAAGGGCAUGCCUUGGGCGACGCCUCCGCAUGGCAAAGGGUCGAGAAGUACCAUGAGGUUCACGUUUAGCUUUGUUGAGUGGGCGCAGCAACCGAAGAAUGUGGCGGCGUGGAAAGAGUUGGUGACGCAGCAUGGGUUGACGGAUGACGAUUGGUCGGAUGUUGGAUCUGUAUUUGGGAGGGCGAACUUUGCGCUGCAUCGGCCGUAUCCCAGUAUUUUGAGUACGACUAAGGCAACGAAGCACGGCUGGCAUGGUUUUGUCGACUCGUAUGAGUCCAUCCUGUCGGUCGCGAAUGAGUUUAUCGCGGCGAAGGUUAUACCGGAUCCGAAGAACAUCACAGCUAAAGCGUAG